AUGGCUGAAGAAUUUGCCACCUUCUUCAGCCCUCUAAAGGAGGAAAGAAGCACACCACCAAAAACACAAACCACUACGCCUCUAACCGCAAUGAACAAUCCAAAGAGCCAAAAAAGACUACGAGGCUUGCCUCUAGAAGAGCGACCCGAUGGUCCCGCCGAUAGGAGCCGCACUUGCUACAAACUCCGGAUAUGGGCACUUGCUCUCAAGAAUCAAUACAAAGUAUUGUAUGGAGAAUUCAUGUCAAGUUUUUUCACAUUGCGAUCCCACGACGAAGCAGUGGAGGAAUAUCCUAGGGCUAUCUAUUACCAAGUAGAGACUAUAUAUGACACUACUUCUCGAUAUAAACUGAUAAGUUUUGAUUAUGGAAAUUUGGGUCAUGGAGACACAAGGAUGGUCCAAGAUUUGUUUUUAUGUGAUGGAGGGUUCAAUAAAAUGGCGCAUCUUGGAGGCUACUAUGGUGGUGAGAUCGUUUUGCACCUUUUCAAAGGUUCAUAUGCAUUGUUUGCAAUAGCCGUCUAUGACCACACGUUGGUCGAGGAUUUCGCGAAGCCCGUCAACAUGGUCGAAUCCGUCAAGGCUUCAACAGAUUUUUCAAACCUUGUGAACUUUUUUUAA